CUUUCAAACUGAUCAGUUUAAUUGAUCUCAAAAAAAUGCAGGAAAGUCUCCCUUUCUUUCUGCACAUUAUGGCAUUCUCUGGUCUAUUCUCUUCACCCUUCAUCCACCCACAACUUCAGCAUCUCGUUGCCAAAAUGACCCUCCUAGACUCUUUUUUGUUCUAUGUUGUGCAUUUCGUGGACAAGCUGGGGAUAUGGCAUAGACUUCCGGUAAUUCUUGGAGUUGCUUAUUUAGGGAUCAGAAGACACCUGCACCAACGUUAUAAUCUGUUGCAUGUCGGAGGAACCAAUGGCCGGACAUAUGAUGCCGACGAAUUCGCCUAUCGGACGGCAGACGGAACAUGCAAUCACCCUAGUGAUGACACAGUGGGUAGCCAAGGAACCUUUUUUGGUCGGAACAUGCCUCCAUCAACUUCACAAUAUGGGCUGCUAGAGCCUCAUCCAACAGUAGUAGCCACAAAGCUUUUGGCGAGGAAAGAAUUCAUUGACAAUGGAGAUCAAUUUAACAUGAUAGCCUGCUCAUGGAUUCAGUUCAUGAUUCAUGACUGGAUUGAUCAUUUGGAGGACACUGAACAGGUGGAAAUCAGUGCUCUUGAUCAAGAGAUUUCAAGUGAGUGCCCCUUGAAUUCAUUCAAGUUUUUUAAGACCAAAAAAGUUCCCACAGGCUCGCCUCAUCCAAAGAUUGGCUCUUUGAAUACAAGGACUCCUUGGUGGGAUGGGAGUGUGAUAUAUGGGAAUAACAAUGAGGGCAUGAAAAGGGUGAGAACAUUCAAAGAUGGAAAGUUGAAGAUCUCAGAAGAUGGGCUUCUUCAGCAUGAUGAGAAAGGUAUUCCUAUCUCAGGCGAUGUACGAAAUUGCUGGGCUGGCUUUUCUCUUCUACAAGCCUUAUUUGUCAAAGAGCACAAUGCUAUAUGUGACAUGCUAAAAGUACAUUAUCCUGAUCUGGUUGAUGAGCAGCUGUAUAGGCAUGCCAGAUUGGUGACCUCAGCUGUCAUUGCUAAAAUUCACACCAUCGAUUGGACUGUUGAACUCUUGAAAACAGAUACUCUUCUGGCAGGGAUGAGGAUCAACUGGUAUGGACUUUUGGGGAAGAAGUUUAAGGAUUUAUUUGGACAUAUUCUGGGACCCAUACUGAGUGGAUUAGUUGGUCUUAAGAAGCCGAGAGAUCAUGGUGUUCCCUAUUCAAUGACUGAAGAGUUUGUUAGUGUCUACAGAAUGCAUUCACUUCUACCCGAAAACUUUGUCCUUAGGGACAUUACAUCUUCAACUUCAGAGGACAAAUGCCCUCCUGUACUAGAAGAGGUACCUAUGAGGAAAUUGGUGGGUAGUGAAGGAGAGAGAAGCCUAUCAAGAAUUGGAAUGGAACAAAUGUUGGUAUCAAUGGGUCAUCAGGCUUGUGGGGCAGUCACAUUAUGGAACUAUCCAUCAUGGAUGAGAAACCUAGUAGCCCAUGAUAUUAAUGGUGAAGAUAGACUAGAUCCAGUUGAUAUGGCAACCAUGGAAAUCUAUAGAGAUAGAGAGAGAGGAGUUGCUAGGUACAAUGAGUUCAGGAGGAACUUACUACUGAUUCCUAUUAGCAAGUGGGAAGAUUUGACAGACGAUGAUGAUGUUGUUGAUGCACUCCGUGAGUUGUAUGGAGAUGAUAUGGAGAAGCUUGAUCUGCUGGUUGGCUUGCAUGCAGAGAAGAAGAUCAGAGGAUUUGCCAUAAGUGAGACUGCUUUCUUCAUCUUCCUACUAAUUGCUUCAAGGAGGCUAGAAGCUGAUCGCUUUUUCACAACCAAUUUCAACUGCAAGACUUACACAGAGAAAGGUCUAGAUUGGGUUAACAAGACUGAGACUUUGAAGGAUGUGAUCGAUCGGCACUUCCCUGAAAUGACAAGAAAAUUUAUGAGGUGUUCCAGUGCAUUCUCAGUGUGGGAUUCAAUGCCAACUCCGGCUAACUAUAUACCAUUGUACUUACGAUCGGCUUCAUAAUGAUGUUCUAUUUAGCAUUUCCAAUGUGCAGUGGUAA